CGGUGCUAUGUGUUUAUACGGGAGUUUGUUGAAUUUUUAGUAAUAACUAAUUAUCAAGCAUUAAAAAUAUGUUGCUGUUGCAACUAUAUGCUAUUGAAAAAUUUGCGAAUGCUAAGACGUCGUCACGGAAUAUGGUCGAGGGUCAGAAAAUUGUGAAUUCUGGUUUAAUUUUUAUGUGCGGUGCAAGCUCUCGUUCGUCUACAAAGAUUGAGCUGUAUGCUCUGUGUCUAAAGACAAGUGCAUUAUCGUCGCCUGAGCCUCACGUUCUAACGAGGACUUUAUCAAUACAUCAUGAGGAUACAAUGCUUCCAGAUGAAUUAGAUCAGUUCGAUGAGCAUCAUGUUGAUCCUAUUUAUGUAAGAGUAAAAAGUAUGAACUGCUCAUGCAAAGCUGGUACUAGUCACUCGUGUAAACACAUAGUAGGAGUUUUAUUAUAUUGCAAUAGAAAAGACUUGAAUAGUUUACCAAUGCUCUCUUCAACUGACAUGCAAUGCUUGUGGAACAAACAAAAAAGGCCUUUUUUGGAACAAUUUGAAGCUCAGAAUAGCAUUUUUUUCAACACUCUACGUCCUGUAAUAACAUCUGCAAAUAUAACAUUGUUAUUUUUGUAUACAACAAUUCAAUUCCAUUCAUCACAUUUAUUUAUUUCAUAGAAAAUAACCUGCAAAAAAAUAAUCUGUCGAAUUAAAAUGUUUGCAACAAACUAACAAAUCACUGGCGUGAUCCUUUAUUCCCAAAUUUUUUAACCACAAGUUUCGUUUAUCCACAGUCUCUCUUUUGCCAAAUAAAUUUAUGCGUUCAAUUUUCACUCCGCGUUGUGGAACGGCAUGGAAACUCAAAUUUGUGUUUUUAUUUGUCGUGGAAGUACAACCUUAAGCACAACACUUGUUUCUGCGUUUUCCCUUACGAUAAUCAGGGAAAAAAUCCAUCUUGAUAUUAUAUUAAUAAUUGACUAGACCAUGUAUUUGUUAGAUCAUGGUUGGUACGGCACUCAGGGGUGGGAUUCCGAUGCCCUCUAACCUAGUUGUAGUCCGGACAUACCCAUUUCCGUCGGAUUCGCUUUUUGAUAUGCAAUUUUGUUAAUAAU